GAUGUCAUACCAUUCGAGAAGAUCUUUGAUGAUCAAGUGUCUGGAGCGUAUCCAAACAUGACAGAGGCUCGAAAAGAGGAAAUGAAGCAGACACAAUAUGCUAAUUGGUUAAAAUAUUAUAUCAAAUCAGCCGCAAGUAGGCAGGAACACUAUCCAACAUGGUUUGAAGAGUUGGUUGGAGGUCCUCUAUCAAGGGCAAUGGCAUACCCGAUGUAUUGCACUCGAGGCUACGUUUUCAUAAAACGUCCAGGGAUUACUAACAGAAAAACAGUGAAUUAUGGGGUCGUUGUUCGUACAGAUUCGAUAGACUACUAUGGUGAAAUUACUGAUAUAUUAGAGGUUGAAUAUCCGGGAGUCAUAAAUUUGAAAUGUAUACUCUUCAAGUGUGACUGGUAUGAUCCUAGAGUUGGAAGAGGUGUUAGACUUACAAAGUAUGGUGUCACAGAGAUCAACUCGACUAAGCAGUUAAGAAAGUACGAUCCGUUUAUACUUGCAUCUCAGGCAGCACAGGUUUGCUACAUACCAUAUCCACAAGUAGGUGUUCGACAAUAUCCAUGGAUUACGGCUCAUCAAAUAAAUCCAAGAAGCAGAGUUGAUGGGGUGAAAGAAAAGGAACCGCUACAACAAAUUGCAGUAAACGAAAUUACGCAAGUAGAUCAAUCUGUCGGUGACAUUCCCCUCGUUGAUAUUGAGAACAUAGAACUCGAACAGAUAUGGGAAAAUGCGGAAGACGAAGAGGAUGGAGAAGAGUUUGAAGAUCAAAAUGAUUCUGCUAGUUCAGAUUAUUCUUCCGAUUCUGAGUAAA